AUGGUCACAUCGUCAAAACCAGCAUCAAUUACUGAAGCCAUCGAUCUGAGCGUGUCACUGACAGAAGAAGCCAUCAGACUAAACAAGUUUUCGAAUUCUGACCAGAAGAAGAAAGAAACUCAUGUUGAAUCCUCAGGAGAAAACAAAAGGAAGUUCUCCAAUUUUAAAAAGGGUACCAGCAGCGUCAGCAAGAAAAGGAAUGUGAACCAACCAGAGGAAGUUAAAACUGGUGCUGAAGUCAAAGGAAAGGGAUAUAUGGGCGCUCUGCCCAAGUGUGAUGCAUGCCAGUAUCAUCAUUCUGGCCAGUGCAGAUUAAGGAAAUGUGAGUCUUGCGGGAAGACUGGCCACUCAAAAGAAACAUGCUGUGCUGGUACUGGUGCUGGUCGUGGUGGUCAGCGAGGAUAUGGAAAUGGUAAUGGAAACCGCCAACAGGGAGGAAAUGGCGGGAAUGGAAAUCGUGGAAAUACUAGGAAUCAAGCUGGUAACCGGGGGGCGAACAUCAAUCGAGGCGGUAAUGGGAAUGGUAACGGUCAAGGACCGGGAUGUUUUAACUGCGGGGACAUCGGGCACUUCAAGUGA